ACCACAUUGUGUUUUUAUUUUUCUUCGUGAGUGGUUCGCUUAAAAAUAAACAACGUAGAACUUGUUUUAUCAUAUAAUUAUUUCUUCACUUUAGCUUGUGUUGUGUUAAUCUUUUUGUUUAUUUUUUUUAUAUACAUAUAAGUGAAUAUUAAAAAAUAUAUAUGUAUACAAACACAAGAAAAUUAAAAUCAAAAAAUAAACAAAAGAUAACAGUGUUAUUUGCACAUAUACAUAUAAACAAACAUAUACUACAUACAUACGUGUUUAUAAAAGGCCAAAAGCACAAAAAAAAAACAGCAACAAAACAAUGAACAAAGUCUUCUAUAGAAAGAGAGAGCAAGAUAGGCAGACGAAGCACAAAAUUGACUGACAGUAACAAAUGAAAACAAUAGAAGAAAAAUAAAACAAAACGGAAGUAAAGUGUAUUAAUAAAAAAAGUUAUAAUAUUCUACACAAAAAAGUUACAAUAAAAUAAAUUAAAAAUUGUGGCUUUUAAAUAAAAUCAAACAAAGAGCCUUAUGCAGAAUAAUAAAUCUAAAUGUUUAUAAAAAAAAAAAUUGCUUCAAAUAAAAUUAUACGCUAAAUAAAAACAGUGGCAAAAAAUUAAAAUUUCAUUAUAAUUUAGUUAAGUGUUAGUGAAAAUUAUUUUAUCAUCAAAACUUACUCUACUACACUUCCGUUUUUAGAAAACCUUAAAAAAAGAUUUUUUUUUUAAAUAUAAAGUUUUUUAUAUUUUUUGCAAACAUUAAUGACAACAGGAAAUCAAAACAACAACAACAACAAUAAACCAACAAACAACAGCCCCAACUGUAACAAUAAUAAAUUUUGAAAAGAGAAAUUAUCAUAAAGUUUUAUACACUCCCAAAAACUUACCUCAACUAAGAUUACAAAAAAUAAAAGUAAAAAUAAAAAACAAUAAACAGAAAAAUUAAGUGAAAAAAGAUCAAUUAAAGGAAACUUUGUUAUUUUUUCAACAAAACUAAAUAAUCCCGAAAAAGAAGCAACAAAAAUAAAAACAAUUUGCCAAAAUAAAGUCCAGACAAGAACAAUAAUAACAACAACAUCAUGAUAAAUUCAAAUCAUACGGGUACCACCCGUAGACCUUUUUCGCGCAAUGGGCCUUCUUCAUCUAGAAAUCAUAGAGGACGUAUGCUUUUCUCUCCCCAUCAGUCUCAUUCAUAUCAGCAGCAGCAACAACAAUUGCAACAACAACAGCAGCAACAUAACAACAACAAUAAUUUACGCUCAAAUCAUGGGAACAAUGGCAAUUUGAAUAAUUCGAAUGGCAAUAAUUCCGGUGCUCCUUGGUACAAUAACAAGGACAAUAACAAUACGAAUGCCAAUAAUAACAAUAUGGAUUCUUGGAAUUCACUUGGCGAUGUACAGACAAGUAAUAAUGGAAGUUGUUCUACUAGUAGCAAAGAAAAUCACUACAAUAACAACAACAAUAAUAAUUCCCAUUUAAAUCAUGCUAAUAAUAAUAAUCAACAACAUCAUCACUAUCACCACUACCAUCAAAACAAUUACCACCAUCACCACCACCACCUCCAUCAAAAUAGUAUUAAUAGUGACAGUGGCGGUGAUUUCCAACCUCACUGUUCAGCACACACAGAUCUCCCGCAACACAAUCAGUAUUCUUCGUCAACUACUUCUUCGGCGGUGUUGACAUCACUACAUAAUUCUUCUGAUUCAUUGCACUGUUCUAGUCCUUUAGUUCACCAUCAAUCCCAACAAUCGCCCCUUUCACCAUUAAGAAAUUUGUCAAACAUAACAAAUUUACAACCCACCUCAAUUAGUACGAUUGUCAAUGCAAAUAAAACGAAUAGUUUAAAGAUUUCUAACCUAUUAUCCUCUCCGGAUUUGCGUUUAACUUUAAGAGCUCUAUCGCCGAAUAGUGCAAGAAAUACCAACACAAAUCAUAUCAUAAUGUCCCCACGUCUUAGUCAAACAAAUGCCCAAAAUAUACCACCACCCUCUACCAAUACCCAGUCUCACACACAGCCCCGGCAACACCUCCGCAUCAGUAGUUCUUAUGCUAAUACUAACAAUAAUAGUAGUAAUAGUCCUUAUACACAACAACAACAACAUACAAGUAUUUCCUCUUCCUCCUCUACCCCAAAUAAUCGACAACUACAUCCGCCAACACAAUACAAUAAUAUACAACUACAUCAUUCUCAUCCUCCAACUCACCACCACAAUUCUUAUACUCACCACCAUUAUCACAAUGUCCAAUUGUCAAAACAAACAUCACCUUCACCACCAACUAAUCACCAAUCCCCCCUUCCGCUAACAAAUUCAACAACAACUUCAAACUUACAUACAACAACAAAUAGUAACUGUACUGAUGAUGUGAAUGUAAAUUCUUGUAAUGACAUGAUUCCUCAACAUGCACAACAACAACGCCAUCUCCAACAACGUCUCCACCACCAUCAACGAUCUCGCCAACAAUCUCAACAAUGUAAUACGAUGUCUUCCUUAUCAACAACAACGAUGAUGUCUUCUCCACCAACUCAUAUCGAUGAUGAUAACAUUGAUGUUGCUGAUUCUAAUGCCUCCGAUAACCAUCCAACAACCAAUUGUGAAAAUGUACAAACAUCUACAACAAAAAAUAAACAAACAAAUCCAUCCAAAACGACAACGAAUAUAAAAUCAACAAACUCACGACACCACCAACAUCAUCACUCGGUAACAACUGCUAAUUCCAACAAUAACCACAACAGCAAUCACCAUCAGCAGCAACAACAGCUAUCGGGUGGCUCAAGUUCCCAGUCAUUGCAACAACAACAACAACAUUUCCAUGGACCAAAUUAUUAUAACGGUCGCAGGGGAAUAAAUCUACAGGCCAGUAGUGAUUUUAACAGUUUUCGACGCAACAAUCUUAAUAAUAACAACAACAAUAUGGCGAUGACACACCGCAGUGGUGAUUUUCAUCAAUUUGGUGACCGUUACAAUCACAAUCGAAAUUAUAAUGGUAGCAACAUAAGCAACAACAAUAAUGCCUCAAACUCAGGACUAUGUGAUCGAAAUGGUCACAGCAACGGUGUUAACAAUUUGCACAUGGAUGGUUAUAAUAUGGCCGGUAGCAGCGGUUCUCGUAUUUCGGAUAGCGAUAGCAAUUCGAAUUUUUCUAUGGGGAACAACAAUCGUAAUGGCGGCGGUACCAAUAAUUCAUACAAUCGUUCGCAAUAUUAUCACAACCAUGGAAAUCAAUUUAAUAAUGGACCAUCAACGUCUGCUUCAGCAUUAGCUGGGGCAUCAUCGCUAUUAGAUGGACCAUCUGGAUCCGGAGGUGGUAUAUCAGGUUCUACUAACUCUUUAAAUGGUACGAAUGUCUUGAAAUCGGACAGUCCUUCAAGAAAACGAAGACGUAUUUCGGGACGUAUGCCCAGUCAAUCACCACCUGCUAUAUGGGAGCAAAGACGUUCUCCGCGUAUAUUGUUACAACAGGGAAGCCCACCUAUACGACGACCACGCCUCAGGGACUCUAGUUCGGUUGCACAAAAUUCAAAUUAUUUCAAUAAUGGUUAUCAUCAUCCCCACCAACAGCAACAGCAUAAUCAUAAUCAACAAUUACAACAGCAGCAACAACAGCAGCAGCAGCAACAACAAGCGCAGCAGACAAAUCAUGUCAACCAACAUUAUAUACAGCAACAGCCUGUCCAACAUCGUUCCACUUGGGAAUUAACUGCUGCAGCGGCCAAUGCGAAUGCUGGUCCCUCGGUUGCUCUAAUUCAUACUCCACCACCCGCCCAUCAUCAACAAGCACAAAGUCCAGCUGGUUUGCCACCACCACCGCCACCUCUUAUGGUUGAUAUAAAUCAAGUUCCCGUUAGUUUGUCACUACGUCAUGCCGAACCCAUAUGGGCCUCGAUUUGCACGUAUCCUGCUCAACCACCACAACCUCGUCUAGCUCCUUGUCAUCUACACAGUAUAUAUACACAGCCCUUCACUGCUCAAGCUGCCUGCAAUUCACACCCCCAUGCCCAGUUUGCAUCGAAUGCUACCGGCUUCACAACAGCCACCAGUGCUCCCCUGCAAGUCGCUCAAGCUCCACAACAUUUGGCUGCCGCAACGGCAGCAGCAGCCCAACAACAGCAUCAGUCACAACAAGCAGCCGCUUUAGUAGCAGCUGCUACAGUAGCUGCAGCUAAUUAUCAAAAUACUACCCAUCUAACGCAACAACAGCGUUCGGAUGCUGCUGCAGCAGCCGUUGCUAGUUUAUCGUUAGAUCCAGCUGGCGGACAUCAUCAUCACCAUGCCCAGGGUGUGGCUACUGUGCCUCAAUUACAAGCCACUCCCAUACAUUUGACUUCUAUGUCGGCUGCAGCAGCGGCCCAUCAUUCACAUUCCAUAGUAGCAGCCGCCGCUGCUGCUGCUCAGGUCUCACAGCUUUCGGCUGCACCACAACAAAUUAUUAUCUCUACAGAAAGACGUACAUUCCCUCCACAUCGCCGCAUUACACGCUUCUGGCCCGCCAAUCAUCCACAUGGUCCUCACCGGCAUGUCUUGCCACCUCAAGCUUUGGGUCCACAUCAAGCUACCCCAGUUCAGAUACAAACAACUGGCAUUAUAAAUCCAGGAUUUUUGCUUAAUUUCUUGGCCAUGUUCCCCUUGUCACCGUAUAAUCAACAUGAGCUUAGCUCCACCGAUUCCAAUGAAACCGAAAAUUAUGAAGCUUUGCUAAGUUUAGCCGAACGUUUGGGUGAAGCUAAACCUCGUGGAUUGGCUCGUAAUGAAAUUGAACAGUUACCAAGUUAUAAAUUUAAUCCGGAAUCACAUAAUGGCGACCAGACAUCUUGUGUAGUUUGUAUGUGUGAUUUUGAAUUAUGCCAAAUACUACGUGUUCUACCAUGUUCUCAUGAGUUCCAUGCCAAAUGCGUUGACAAAUGGUUAAGGUCAAACCGAACUUGUCCCAUAUGCCGUGGCAAUGCCUCGGAUUAUUUUGAUAAUCCAGAACGUCAACAACAAACAAAUCAAACAGCAGCAGUAAACAGCAAUAAUAACAACAACAACAACAACAAUACCACAACAAAUAAUAACAACAAUAACAUAACAAAUAAUAACAACAACACCAAUAAUGCUACAACUGCUGCUACAACAACACCAACAGUCCCAGCAAACAGUCAAACAACACAAGCCCAUUGAGCACUGUCCCAACAAAUACAAACAGACAGACCGAUGUUUAAACCAACACAACGAAAUUUGGUGUUUCCUUUAAUUUAGUAAACUUUUGAUCCCGCUUUUUUUGUAAAGUUGUAGACACACCUCCUUCCUUUUUGCUAAUUCUGAAUAAUAAAAAACUAGAGACGAGUAUAAAAAUAAAUUUUUAAAAAAUAAUAAUAAAAAAACAUAUUAUGCCACCAAGUUUUCUAAUUAUAUUAGGAAAACCAAGUUAAUUAUUGUGCCCUUUCUUCACUAUACAAUUAGAAUUAAAAUAUAAAUUUUAAACAAAAAAUCGAAAAAAAAAUAAUAUUGCAUAAUAAAAAUGUGUAUUAAAUAUUAAAAAAAAGCAACAAAAAAUAUAUUUUUUUCUUAAUUGCUCUUCUAAAUAUUUAAUUUUACUUUUCUCUAAUAUAUAUGAGAUAAUAAUUUAAACAAAACUGAAGUUUUUAAAACAAAUUAACGCUCUGUCUUUAAUAUAAAUUUAUAUUAUAUAAUCCUAAUAAUAAAAAGUGUUCAAAUUGUUCAAAAUGUCCACUUUGUAUUUAUGUAGUCCACUUACAAUACCACCAAACUAUGCAACUAUUAUAAUAAUAUUAUUAGUCUUUUUUAAUGUUUUAUUCUUUUUUGUUUGUUUUUUACAUAUAUUUUUUUUUUAACAAAUAUCACAAAAUAAUUAUAAAUAUUUAAAUUCGAUUA